CCAUGGAAACAGGAGCGCCAGAGAGUAAAGAUGAAGAAAUGUUGAAUGAUGAAGUGGACGAUCCACAACCAUCAACAUCAAAUUUAAAACCAGAUGAAACUGAAUUAUCGACUCCUUCCACUUCUGCAACCAAAGAUACAUUUUCAUUGAAAAAAGAUUGUAUGAAGACAAUGUUAGAGGUUUUCGCCAGUCUAGGAGGACUUGCCCUCGUUGCACAAAGAUUACCAACCAUGACCCUUGACAUUGGUCACGAAUCAUCGAGCACCGAUGAUGCGAAACCGUCACCAAUGCAACCACCAAUAAUGUCUCACAUACAGCAUCAAAGCAUCGCAGAACAUUUUGGCCAUUAUGGCAGCACUGUACCUGGAUGGAUGGAAGAUGAGGAUUGGUUUGGGUUUGACAAUGAGUUGGAAGCAGAACUGCCAGAAGAAUUAGGACCAGUGGUGAAAAUCCAUCCGAAACCAGGCACGAAAAAGCCGCCAACUUCAGCGAUUGUAAGCACAACGUCGCAUCCCUGUGUACCAGCACACACGAUGUCAGCAUUGUGUUUGUUUUUACGUGUCCCCCACUUCGCAGAUGAGUUUUUAUCAGAACAGAAACAAGCCCGCUGUUUGCUACGUUUGAUGCUCGGAGUGCAAGAUGAUGGACAGGGAGAACAAAUUUUGAAACUGGAUCUUGCGCAAUCAUUACCUAUGUUGCCAUUCACUGCGAUAUGUUCUCUAUUAUCGAAGCACGGACCCGACUCGGCGUCAGGGAUGUCUGUUCGUGAAGCAAUGACUUAUCAAACAACUUCUAUUCAUCUCGUACUAGCCUGCUUAUCACGGUUCACUCAUAUUGAACCUAAUGAGGAUACGCCUGCUGGAAGGCUUCUAGCUUCUCUACUCCCAGAGCAAGAAACCGCACCCAUCAAUGUUGCCCCGCCUUCUUACAAAGGACCAAUCAAACCCCAAGGAACCCCGAAGAAACCAAUGGUCAGUGAAGGCUUAAAGCAGACUGAAAAGAACUACUGGGCUAAAGGAACAGGGUUUGGAACUGGCUCGACAACUAGUGACUGGGAUGUUGGUAAUGCAGUGAAGAAACAGAAAAAAGAUGAAGGAUAUAUCACUGUUCUCCUGGAGGUCCUGGCCAACUUUGUGUGCCCAGAACCAAAGGUCGAGGGUGAAAGUUCAGAGGGCAAACAACCAAUUCCAAUUGAAGACAAAUUUGCAACUUCAAUAACUGAACUACUUUCUGCAUCGGGAUUGAUUCCAGCUAUUGCCUCUUAUCUAAGAAAUGAUUCUGUGCUUGACAUGGCUCACCAUGUUCCUUUAUAUUGUUCCCUAUUGAGUGUUAUUCGAUCAUUUGCUGUUUGUCCUGUUCUCUGUCGCCUCCUGAUGGAUUCAAAGAUGACAAGCAAACAAUCUCCAGAUGGCAGCAAAGAGAAAUCAUCAAGUUCAGAUUCAAUUCUCUCACUUUUGUCAAAAAUGAGGAAAUGUAUAGAUACAUAUGCAAGCAGGUUAAAAGCCAUUAAUACAACAUUAGAAAGCCAAGGAGAAGAAGGUUUGACAUCAUUUGUGUUGAACGUGCAAAAAACAGAAUCAAUGUUAACGAAGAUUGCUAAAGAACUCAAAUUGAAAGAUUCCCAGCGAGCACGGAACUCAAACUCAACAAGCAGCACAGACUCUGGACGUGCAUCGCCCUCCGGUGUGAUUAAACUUUCUCUCUCCUCUGAUUCGUUAGAAAGAAGAUACAUUGAUGACAUGAAACAAUUGCAAUUUGAUACUUCGGAAUUAGUGGUAGAAGAAGACAAUGGAAAACUACGCUUUCCGUCCGGACAUCACUAUGCAUCCCACAUCAAGGAUGCAGCAAAUGUUGCAGACGCAUCAAGGGCAAGAAGACUCGCACAAGAAACCGUGACGUUAUCAAACUCAUUGCCCUUGUCACACAGUUCCACAGUAUUUGUGAGGUGUGAUGAAGAGAGACUGGAUGUUAUGAAAGUACUGAUAACCGGACCGUCAGAAACCCCGUACGCCAACGGAUGUUUCGAAUUUGAUGUUUUCUUCCCUUCAGAUUACAACAAUUCUCCUCCGCUUGUUAACUUACAAACUACUGGAAACCACAGUGUUAGAUUUAACCCAAAUCUAUAUAAUGAUGGAAAGGUUUGCCUCAGUAUACUGAACACUUGGCAUGGAAGGCCGGAAGAAAAGUGGAAUCCACAGACAUCUAGUUUCUUACAGAUCCUAGUCUCAAUUCAGUCUCUUAUUCUCGUAUCGGAGCCGUAUUUCAACGAACCUGGUUACGAGAGGUCACGAGGAACGCCUGCUGGGAAACAGAGCAGCCAGGAAUAUGAUUCCAAUAUUCAACAAGCUACUGUGAAAUGGGGAAUGCUGGAACAGCUGAAGAACCCUUCACCCUGUUUCAAAGAGGUUAUUGAACACCACUUCUGGCUCAAACGAACAGAAAUCCUCGCUCAAUGUGACCAGUGGUUAGCUGAUCUUAAACAACAAGCAAAUGAAAGACAUGGCCGCAGAAAUAUCGCUCAUAAUUAUACAGCAUUGCAGAGGCAUGUGACACAACUUCAAGCUUUAUUGACGAAAAUGAAAUGCCCUGAAGGUUUGGAGGACACUCAGGUGCAAGAGUUGGAGGACACCCAGGGUGAGACAACGCAAGAGUCAUCAAAAAACCAGGACAUGACAGAAAAUGAUGCCUCCUCUUCAGAGCAAAAUACAACUUCGGAUAGUACGAAAGUUCAAGUCUGGGAAGUUUGAAAAUUGGACUUUGGCUUCACAGAGAGAACACGCCGGACUGUGAUUUACCUCCACGCCUCUAUAGGGGGUGGCACCCCUUCCCCCUUAUAUAAAUUUCGAACAUCCCCCUUAAUUUUGAGGUCUGACACCACGCUCUAAAUUUCUAAUUUAAAUAUAAUUGAAUAUUCAGAACGUGACUCAGAUGCUCGUGUAGAUGAUCAUUAAAAUACAACAUCACAUUUUCAUGUGUUACAAAUAGUUUUAUCACUAACAGUAAAAUUAUACCAGCCCUGUAAAUUUGGAAACGCUUCUCCCUAAAAUGAAAAGCUGGGAACUAGGAUUCAAACUUCAUAGUGCUAGCUCUGUGACUACAGUUAUACAGGGUGUCCAUAAAGUAAAAAAAAUUCAAAGGGUAUUUAUCGCUAUCAUAUGUAGUUUGUAGCAAUAAUUGAACUAAAAAUAUUUGAACAAUUACUGAUUAAAAAACAACAAACCUGGUUAACAUAUGUUGAGAACUAACUUCAUAACAGAAUUGAGAUUGUAAAGAGACUUUAUGGACACCCUGUAUCAUUACAUUAUUAUUAUGAAGCAGGUUCUUGUUAAUAUUUGUGAUGCGAUUUUAGUGCAAUUUUUUUUGCUUCUAGAAAGUUUCACGUUUCCUAGUCCUUGUAUUAUAGGAAAUAACUCGAAAAACAUUGGAUCCCAUGAUUUCCUAAUUACUUUCUUCUCCCUGUGACGUAAAUAAAAAAUUCGGCACAAGAUGACGCACAACCUGAAUCCUAACCUGGUACACAUACUAUGUUCAAUGUUCAUAGACUUGAGAUAUUAUUGACUUUUAUUUGAAUAAGAGUUAUGUUAAUUUUUAAAUUCAAAAAUCAGAAUUAUUCUCUCACACCAGUGGUUUCAUUAGUUAUUUCAUAAUGAUAAAGUAUUCUUUUGAAUCAGAAACUAGCUGAAGAAGAAAUAGAUUUUUGCCUUUGACUCCAGGCAUGGAUGGGUUUCUGGUGUUCAUUGCAUCUCUGUAUAUAACGCAAUUAAAAUUAUUUUGCAAUUUCGGCGCUGUUCCGAAAAUGUUAUCCCAAUUGUGUGAAUCUCAUUUCAUAUUAAUUUCCAACCCGUCAGCCAAAGGAUGUACAGCUAUACUGACACAAGAGCGUCGCUUCAUAUGAUUACUUAAUCCCACCAUAUCUAUAUCUACUGUAACUCAAAACAGUGGAACAGAAGUGCUGAAAAUAGACAGGUAUAGGGCAUGACACUUUUGAAACACUUCGGCAUGAGAUGAUGUGCUACUAUCUAGUUUUUUUAAUUCUGUGUGUUUAGUAUAAUUAGGUGAUUUGUGAUUAUUUUUUCGUUUAAAAUGUGUAAAAUUUCUGCUUUUCGUCUUUUAUUAAUAAUUAAAAAAUAACCGGAAUAUAAAUCAAAGCCUGA